UUUUUUCUUGUGGGAUCCAACAAUGAUAAGAAUAUGGAGAAAUAUAUGUUUAUAUAAUUUUGGAUGUCAAAAUUAUAUAAAUAAAGCGCAUAUAUUUUUGAUGUUAUUAUGGAGCAUAGGUGUCUGCAUAUUUUGUGUAAUCUGUAGUAUGUGUGGAGAUGCUGGUUUUGCUGAGAGUAUUGUAACCUGUUCGGGAUGCAAGAAUUAUUCCGAGCAUAUCUACUGUAUGCAAGGGCCAUUAAGUAUCACGCGACGAGAAUGGCUCUGUGAUGAAUGCAGAACCAAAGAAAAUAGUCAUUCACAUGUAAAUAAAACAAGUACUACUCUAAGAAGAAAUUUUGCACCGGAGACAGCGAAAGUAAAGCUUAUUCCUGCUGAAGAAGCCGUUUUAUUGUCCUCCAAUGGCAAGUUAUGUACUUCAUUAUCGGCUGAUGCCAAUACAAUGGCUUUCUUAACAAAAAGGAGAAGUUUGAGUGCUAUGCCAAAAGAAGGAAUUGGAAAAAGGACAUGCGAUUCGCACUGCAACAACAACAUGCAAUCCCUUCAAACUGUUAAUGCACGUCCGCUCUGUAGUUUUCUUCCUCCUAUCCCGCAGAAGAAACCUAGGAAUAUGGCUUCGAAUGAAGAACUGAAGGUUAAGAAAGUUUCAGAACCUGACGCAAUUUUGGCGACGAAGGGAGUUGUCGCUGAGUUGAAAUCUGUUCACGACACUUCAAACCUUCUUAGUUACCGACGAAGAAAUUACACAAAUUCUCAAGAGAUGGUUCCAAGUCCUACUUUGCUCAUGAACCCAGUUGGCGAUCUUGCAAAUGGUCUUCUUCCGAAAUUCUGCUGGGAGGGGACUUUAAAUAUAUCUGAUAUGGAGUUGCAACUCUGCUGUGGAGCUCAAGCAUAUUUUCCUCAUCAAGUAUCCUAUAAAGUAUAUGAAAUCUCGAAGAAGAUGCCUAGAGAAAUGCACUUCGAAGUCAAACCUCGCGCACUUGCUUUGCCAGUGGCUUUCGAGUUGGAUCCGCCAACACUUGAUGAUAUUGCAUUAUACUUCCUUUCCUCCGAUUGUGAAAGGUCUAAGGAGAAGUACAAACAUCUACUGGAAUAUUUCGGCUCACACGAUGUAGCCUUGCAAUGUUUGUUGGAUGGUGCGAACUUACUAAUUUGUUCAUCCGAACAAUUCACUGCAGAUUCUGGAGCGACGGAAAGGUUUCUAUGGGGAGUUUUCCGCUCCGUGAAACAUAAAAGGAGAAUCUCUUGUGAUUCUUCGAACAGCUCUUUUUUACAAAAAUUUGAUGUUCCUCCCGGCUGUUCAAAAACUCCGCAAAUUGCAGCAGAGGAGAAGUCCGUGCUCUCGUCCACUGCAGAGAAGGACAGAGAUGUGGAGGCAGAAUUAGAUAGUAAUACAGCAGCCAAAGUUGAAGAAAAACACGGCCAGACGAUUACUACUGAGGGAUUGAAGUGGAAGCUAGUUAAAUUAGAAGAAGGAACUCGUUGAGAGUUACGACUUACGACAGCAGCUAAUUGAGAAGCUGCUACUGUUAACAAAGUGUUCAGAUACUGUAUAUACUUAAUACAGUGUUGCAUGUCUCAAGCGACGAAAUGGAAGAAGCAAUCACCGAAGAAAUUAAACUCUAAUUCUCUCAUUUACUCACUACACUUGUAUGUUUCAACUUACUGAUACAGUUUUGUUCGUAUGAAUUGAUGGACUAAGGUCACUCAUAUCAUAUACGCAAAUUGUUUAUAUUUCUAACUCAGUAUUUGUAUGAAU